AGAGCGCCGUCGCCGCGUCCGGCCGCGCGUCAGUCAUGAAGCCCGUCGACAGCCGCACGCGCUUCAUCACGCCCAACUCGACCAGCACGAGCAUAGCCAGCAUGACCGCGGACGGCCGCGCCGCGCAGCCGUACGCCGUGCCCGACCCCGACCUGUCCACGCCGUCGGAGGUCGCCUCGGACGGCGACGGCAGCGACGGCGGCGGCCGCGGCAGCUGGGGCUCGCAGCUCGAGUUCAUCCUCUCGUGCUUGUCGUAUGCGGUCGGCCUCGGUAACAUCUGGAGGUUCCCCUAUCUGUGUUACCAGAAUGGCGGAGGCGCCUUCCUGAUCCCAUACGUGCUGAUGCUGAUCUUCACCGGCAUCCCGCUCUUCUUCUUCGAGCUGACGCUGGGCCAGUACGCCAGCCUGGGCCCGGUGGCCGUGUGGGGCAUCUGCCCGCUGUUCCAAGGGAUCGGCUAUGCCAUGUUCUUCAUCUCGCUCUUCAUCGGCAUCUACUACAACAUGAUCCUGGCCUGGACCAUUUUCUACCUGGCCUCCAGCUUCACCAACAGCCUGCCGUGGAACAGCUGCGACAACUGGUGGAACACUGAAGCUUGCCGCCGCUUCGACGCCAAGAACUGCACCGUCCUGGGGGGCCUCCUCAACUCCACGGGCGCCUGCAUAUUCCGAGAGCAAGUGGACAACGCCACCUGGCACGUGCUCAACGUCACGUCCAGCAACCGCAAGAUGCCCGCCGAUGAGUUCUUCCACAACUUCAUGCUGGACAUCACGGAGGGCAUCCACGACCACGGCGAGAUGAAGUGGAGGCUCAUACUCUGCCUGCUGGCCGCCUGGACGCUGGUCUUCCUGGCGCUGCUCAAGGGGGUGCAAAGCUUCGGAAAGGCGGUGUACUUCACGGCCACGUUCCCGUACCUGAUCCUGGUGUGUCUGCUGGUGCGCGCUGCCACGCUGCCCGGCUAUAUGGACGGCAUCUACUUCUACCUGACGCCGCGCUGGGAGAAGCUCCUCAACGCCAAGGUUUGGGCGGACGCCGCUGUACAGAUCUUCUUCUCGCUGUCUCCGUGCUGGGGCGGUCUCAUCACCCUGGCCUCCUACAACAAAUUCCACAACAACCACUUCAGGGAUGCCAUCUUUGUUUCGUGCGGAAACUGCUUCACCAGCUUCUUCGCGGGCUUCGUCAUCUUCGGCAUCGUCGGAUUCAUGGCACACGAGCUCGGCGUCAAGGUUGAAGACGUGGCUGCGCAGGGUCCUGGCCUUGCGUUCAUCGCCUACCCGGAGGCGGUGUCGCGCCUGCCGAUCUCGCCGCUCUGGUCCAUCCUGUUCUUCUUCAUGCUGCUGACGCUCGGCAUGGGCACCCAGUUCACCAUCCUGGAGACGAUCGUGUCCACCGUGACCGACCUGGACCCCAACCGCCUGCGCAAGCACCGCACCCUUGUUCUGGUGGGCUGCUGCGCGUUCAUGUUCAUGUGCGGCCUGCCGAUGUGCGGCAGCGGCGGCCUCUACAUCCUCACGCUGAUGGACAACUACGCCGGCACCUUCUCCGCCCUGAUCGUCGGCAUGACCGAGGUGCUGGUGGUGUCCUACAUCUACGGCGUGGAGCGACUGCUGGAUGACAUCAAGGUCAUGCUGGGCCACUACCCGUUCCACUACGUCUGGUGGAAGUGGUCCUGGCGGGUGAUCACGCCGGCACUGGUGACGGGUAUCCUGGUCUUCACCUGGGUGGACUACACGCCGCUUAAGUACGGUACAUAUGACUUCCCGACCUGGGCCAAUGCUCUCGGAUGGCUCAUCUCCUUCACGUCGGUGACCAUGAUCCCCUUGACGGCGGCCCUGAAGCUGUACCGGAUGGACGCGGAGCUGACGCUGAGGGAGCGGAUACGGAUCCUGACUCAGCCGAACGCCACCUGGGGACCGGCCCUGGACAGGCACCGGCUCGAGGCCAAGCUGUCGCGCCGCAACGUCAGGUUCAGGAACCGCCGGCUGAAUAAAGAUGGCGAUGACGACACGACGCUGAACGAACAGGAGGGUCUGCAGAUGACGCUACCCGCCAUCAAAGAGGACAGGGAAAUUAUAUAGGUGUAACCGGCGGUUGAAGACCCCCGUCCGGUCGGCACCGGCAGCUGGACGCCCGGCUCGCCGCUCCCAGGGACACUUGUGAUGCCGCCGCCGCCGCUGCUGCGCUCCGGCCCGGCCCGGCCCGGCUGUUGUUGAUGUUGCUCGGACGUUGCGCCGACGCUAGUUCUGACGAACGGCGGCUGGGAAGCGCCGUCCAGGCAGACCGCGCGUGCCCGCUCGCCGAGAAGAAGUCAUCCUGCGUUCCAUUGGUUUAAAAGAGCGUGCUUGUUUGAAGCGCACGGUAGAGGAGGCGCUGCACGGUCUCGGCGGAAGACCUACCGUGCGCAGACGUGUGCAGAUCCUGUGUCGUGAGUGCAGUAGAAAGUGUUUGAUAGUGUGGUCUCUGAGUGUAGCGUUGCCGGGGUGUGCAGUGACGAGGCUUUAUUGCCCGACGCCUUCUCCAGCCAGGUAAGAAACGUUGACGCUAUUUUCAGACCAGGGAUGGACAUGUGCGGAGCUAUGUUGCGUGUGCCCACCGUUCGCUGCGUUGGCGUUUGUGACGUUGGGUGAGCUGCGCGUAUCCCGCGUCGUGUGGCCGUUAGGCAGACUCGACAUGUGGGACGGACUCGAGGGGAGGGUGUUACCCGGUGACCCCGCACUCCUGGUGAUACUCUGGUGCAUGCACGCACGGGUGUGACACGCACCGGCUCGGAGCGGCACGUGUCCAUGUCCCACGGGCACGUGGCACGUGCCGGGCAGCGGCGUGGUCACAGCGCGUGUGAGCGGCGGCACGUCUUCGGCGCUACCGGCUGCCUACCGAGUAUUAUUCAGUUGUGCCAAUGUAUGUUGCUGCUGGCUGUUGUAGAUGUUCGCGGACCCCAGCAAAGGGUGGUGUUGAUAUCGCUCAAAUUGGUAUCAAAACACCAGCAAAAUUUCAAGCUUGAGCUUUUAGGAUACUCGUGUGACAUUGAUCUUAACACGUUGUUUUGUCUUUCGCUCCGUAAACUGUGGAUGAGAUACGUGUGAUGUUAAAACUGUCGAUAUUUGUAUGCUUGACCUAACCGGUUCUUGUUCGUUGGGUAGAUUUGUUGGCUGAAACUUGUUCUAGUCGAUGGGCUUAUCGUCAGUAGGUGUCCUAGUCAUACUGGAGACACGCCAUAUUUUGCCCGUAUCUAUGUUUCAUGAUGGGACACAUUUCUAAGAUGAAUGAUCUAUGCAUUAAUCCUUUCGGCCUAAACGUAGUGUAAGAAAAUCGUAGCGUUGUGCACGUGAACCGAAAUGUAAAUGUGGACAAAUUUACGGGAGUUCGCGUAACGUAAAAGAAUCAUUGUUCCUCUGCUCCCACGCCUCGUCCGACUUAGCUGUGGGGCAGCAUUUGGAAAUCUUCGUCAGUCCACUUACACCACCACCAGUACUUAGCUGCACAAUAAGCUGUAGGAAGCCAGCCGCCAUGGUGCUGUCCGUCCGCGCCACCCGACUACGCUGCCGGCGCUGUGAGCUGAGGCGGACUCACCCGAACUGGACAACCGCAGUGCCCAAGUACUGCGUCCCCAUUCAGUGUACCUAAGGAGAAGCCAUUUGUUUUGUACCUGCGCGGAGCCGGCGACCAGCGGCGCCGGCGCGCAGCGGCCGACGCUGGCGCGUGCGUCCCGGCCGGCGGCGGCCGUCCGUCGCCUCGGGCGACGCAGCCGCGGCCGCCGCCGACCCGGUCAUCAGCUGACUGCGGCGGCGACCACGGACUGCGCGCUGUGCCCAUGACGGGGACGGCCGCGGCCGGCGGAGACGCGGCAGACGGCUGAGACGUGACGAAUAAAGCUCAGAACGAACCGCCUU